AUGAAUUAUAUUUUGAAAUUCUUCUAAAAAGAACAACCUAAACCAACUGAACCCUUGUUUUUUUAAAAAAUGAAUGAAAAAAUACAAGAAUUUUAAACUAUGUUAAAUAUUAUACCUGAUGGUGUCCCUCAAGCUUAAUAUGCUACAGAAAUUAUUUAACAAAUUAAUUCUUCUAUCAAAGAUUUAACCAAUUACAUUCAAUCAAAUUAAUUCUAUGUUACCAUUCAUUAUUAUUUUAUAGAUUAUUUUCUUAGGUACUACAUCUGCAGGCAAAAGUACAUUCAUUAAUUCACUUCUUGGUUAAUAAAUCUUACCUUCCAGAAAUUAAGAAUGCACUUAAACUAUGAUUUUCAUUUCAUAUAAUGAAAAAAUUGUUAUUAAUGGUAAUGUUUAUGGAUCUCUCGCAUAAGCUUAAUAAACACUCUUUGAAAUGUAGAAAAAUAACAAUUAAUAAAUAUAAGAAUUUGAAACUAUCAAUCUUUAAGUUCCCUCUCUAUUUCAUUAAUAACUACCUCCUGAUCUCAGAAACAAAAUUAUUUUUGUUGAUACGUAUACUUAAACAUUUAUUUAUUUAUUUCUAGACCAGGUAUCAAAAUCAGCGAAUAUAAAUCUUAUGAAACCCAUUUCUAAUUUAUCAAUGAUAAAUUAUUAAGUAAUACUCAUCGAAUUAAUCUAUGGAUUUGCAAUUACACCACUUUUGAUAAUGAUAAAGAAUUUUAAAACCAAAUAAUUAAAUUUUUUUCACCUUAACUUUAAUCAUCCAGAUAAGUUUAAAGAAAUAGUUAUUUAUAGAGUAUUAUCAUUGAAGACUAUUCAGUCUAAUAGCAAUAAUAAUUAUUGACCAGUUAUAACCCUAUUAUUGAUAGCAAUGCACCAUUAUUUAGUGCUUUCAAACCUCAACUUGCAGCAUUGUUCUUUAUCAUUAAUAAGUUUGAUGAAAAGAAAGGAUCUGAAGAUAAAAAUAUUGAUGUUAUUUUAAAAGAAAUAAGUGAUAAAAUUGGAAAUUAAAAUAAAAUAUUUAAGAUAUCUGCUUUGAGAGCUAUGAGAUAUAGAAUACUAAAUUAUGGAAAUAAACAAGCUAUUGAUAAAUUUAUUGAAUCCUAUUAUUAAGAUUAUAAAGAUGUCGAAUGUUUUUUGUCUUUGGAUGAUUGUAGAAAAUAUUGUGAUCAAAAAAUAAAGAACAACCCAAAUCUAUUAUAAAAUCAGGAUUAUGAAGAAUUCAAUAAAUAAUUAAUUUAAUCCAUUUAAAAAGAAAUAUGUGAAACAUUUUAUGGAGAUAUUUAUGUUUAAACAACAUACUCUUUAGUUUUUCUAGAUUUAAUUAUGAAUUGUUCAUAAAUUAUGUUGGACUAAUAAUAAUUUGAAAAUUUGUCAUAUCUGAUUAAUAAAUUUAUCAAUCUAUAAAUUACAAAUUAUAGUGAUUAUUUAUCUAAUUUAAAAGAAUGUGCUUUAAAGUCAAUUAAAAUGAAUUUAGACUAUUAUAGAAAAUCAUAAAUUGAAGAUCGUUAAAUGCUUAUAAUUUCAGCCUGUAAAUCAACUUUACCUAUAUUGAUUGAAUUCGAGACCAAAAUAUUAGAAUUGAAUGAUUAAAUUAAAGAUGUAAUCAUAAAAAAAUUGUAAUCAAUUUUUCCACAAUAAAAGAAAAAUGAUAUAUUUGAAAGCGUUUAAAUUAUUGGAUAAAAGGAUGUACCUAUAGUUGAAGGUUGUCUAUAAUUAUUUAAAAUUUUAAGUGAUAACAAAAUAUUAGAGAUAUCUAAAUCAAGUUUUGAAUAGUAUUCUGAAAGUAUUUAAAAAACAAUGGGAGUUAGAAUUAACCCAAUUUAAUAGCAAGUUGGGAUAAUUUCAACAGGACUUUCGAUUGUUACAUUCUUAGGAAAAAGAUUCGCAUUAUAAACUUUGGCCUAUUGUCCAAUCUUUGCAGCAAUAGGAUUGGGAUUAAUGUCAUUUGAUUUAAACUUUUUAUUUGGUAAAUCAUGGUACUCAGAAAACAUAGUUAUAUCUAGGUUGAAUGUAAAAAUAUAUUUAUGAUAAUAUUUAGCAAUGGGAAUCUUAAUUGAUUCAGUAAAUUGAAGAGUAGAAAAAUAAUUAUUGUAAAAUUAAUAAGCAAACAUUGUUAAAUAUAAAAAAUUUAUUAAGCUCCCUAAUAAGUUGA